GCACAACGUUCCCCGGGCGAGUUCCACUUGAAUCUAAACUUAUAUUUAUUGAGUCGCUUUGGCUGUAUUGGAUCAAACGACAACAAAACGACACACAGCGACAGCCGCGAUGCAGAUGACGGAGACGUACGACCACGCGCUGCUCGGGAUCCUGCAGCACGCCGGGAACAUCAAGGACUUCCUGCAGGUCUACUUCGGGUUCCUGUACCGCAAGACGGACUUCUACCGCCUGCUGUCGGGCCCCGACGACAAGAUGGGCUUCCCCCCCGGGGUGGCGGAGAAGAUGGCGCUGAAGACGUUCAGGAUGUUCGAGAAGCUGGCGGAGAGCGACCGCGAGAGGCAGCAGAGCGAGUUGCAGAGGAGGGAGGAGAGGAGGGAGGAGGAGAGGAGGAAAAGGGAGGAGAGGAAGCAGGAGAAGAGGGAGGAGGAAGAGAGGAAAGAGGAGGAGAGCAGGCUCGUCCCACCGGCGCUACAAGAGCUGGAGGUCGCCGCCGAGGAGACGGUGGAGCAGAGCAUCGAGGAGGAGGAGAAGAAGGAGGAGGAAGAAGAGGAGAAGAAGGAGGAAGUGGAGCGCCGUCCGUCAGCUGUUCCGGCUCCGGCCACCAGGGGAGCGACCGGCGGAGCUUCAGCCCCGACGACUGCAGCCGGAACCAGUCAGCAGAGGUUCCAGUGUGACCCUGACAGCUACAAUGGCGCCGUGAGGGAGAACUACAGCUGGUCUCAGGACUACAGCGACCUGGAGAUCCGAGUGUUCGUGCCUCCGACCGUCGUCAAGGGCCGGCAGGUGCGCGUGUGUCUGCAGAGCGGCAGCAUGCAGGUGUGUGUGCUGCAGGGAGAAGAGCAGCUGGUCCUCAUGGAGGGAGACUUCACCCACAAGAUCAACAUGGACGACUCCCUCUGGAGCCUGGAGCCCGGGAUCUGUGUGCUGCUGUCACUCAGCAAGACCUCGGAGGUCUGGUGGAACGCGGUCCUGAAGGGGGAGGCGGAGAUCGACGUGAACCAGAUCAACCGCGAGCGCUCCAUGGCGACGGUGGACGAGGAGGAGCACGCCGUGCUGGACCGGCUCGCCCACGACUACCACCAGAAGCUGCAGGGCAAGCCCCAGAGCCACGAGACGAAGGUGCACAACAUGCUGAAGAAGGGCUGGGAGGCCGAGGGCUCGCCCUUCAAAGGUCAGCAGUUUGACCCCUCCAUGUUCGACAUCCCGCCCAGCGCCGUGCAGUUCUGAGGAGGAGGAGGGGCCUGCUGAUUGGACAGAGACAUUGUUUACCUGGGGGGGGGGGGUCAAUGUUUGUUUAUUUGCUGUUUUGACAUGUUUGAAAUCUGAUAAAUACAUUUACUUUGUUCA